GCAAGGCAAACGCCCUACCCGCUGUGCUAUCACUCCAGCCCCUACAGCUUAUGCCUUAAUCACCCAUUCUGGGGUUCUCCAGAGACUAUAGGAAACCAAGAAGAGGAAGUUAGAGGCUAACUUCCUGAGACCUGGAUCCCAAAGGGACCAGAGGACAAACAGCCCUUUUGUGGAAGCGCAGUGAUACCCACCUCAAGAGCGUUUAAAUUUUUUUUUUUUAAUUUUUGGUUUUUGAGCCACAUCUGGCAGUGCUCAGGGCUUACUUCUGGCUGUGUCCUCAAGGAUCACUCCUGGCGAGGCUUGGGUUGGGGGACACACGGGGUGCCAGGGAUCAAACCCAGGUCACCCACAUGCAAGGCAAGCAUUAUACCUGCUGUACAAUCGCUCCAGCCCCACCUUGGGAAGCACUUGGAAGAGGUUCCACUCUUUGAAGGAACUGUCCUCAGACUUGGGGAGGUCCUGGCUCUGCUAAAUUAUCUGGCGGACAAUUUGUCUCUGCGACAGAUGCCUGCAGAGGGGACAGUGGUCCACUCCAAGAUGGGUCUGACUCAGGAGACUCUGCAGAGGGACAUUCUCCACUCCAGGUGCCUGUUUGCUCCCCCGGAGUCUUGGGCCGUCGCACCCCAUUGCAGCUCCCCGGUUUGGCUGAGGCUCAGUGUUCACCAUCCCCAGGAAAUGCCUCCCUCCGGUUCAGGCAGAGAUCCCAGCGCACACACACCCCUGGAGUGUAUGUGUGUUGUGGAGGAGAGGGGGGCCAGGGGAAGUGGUGGAACGCUUCUCUCCAGGUCAGGGAAGAGAUGUGGGGACCACCUGGGGGGGCCUCUCUUCCCACCUCCUUGUUGGGCCAAGCGCCCGGUCCGGUGCCCCUUCCCUGGCCACCUCCCUCCCCCUAGCUGUGCUGGGGCAUGAAUCAGCUCUCACAGCUUGUUAAAGCGAGACCUCUUGUUUUCAUGCCCUCACCUCAGGAAACGGAGCUACAACUUUUCCAGCUCUCCUCAGCAGGGGGCCAGGGUCCUCACUUUAUAAACAUCCCUGAGCCUGUACAAGGAGAGGGCAGGGAGAUAGUGUGAGACAGGAGCCCCAGGGAGGAGGACAGAGGCUAAGACCGCAAGGAGAGAAACAAAGAAAAAGCCCAAGAAAUACCCAGAGCAGCCGCAAAGGGAGCUGAGCAGGGUCCCCUCGGAGCUGAAAACGAGGGCUGUGCCGGGAGAAUGGCUGUGAGGGCGCCCUGGGCAGGACGGGCAAAGGGGACCCUGGGAGGCUGGGGGCCCCUCUGCUUGCUCAUCUCGCUGCUUCUCCAGUCCCCAGGAGUCCACAGCAAGUGCUACUUCCAAGCUCAAGCCCCCUGCCACUACGAAGGGAAGUAUUAUAGCCUGGGCGAGUCCUGGCUCCGAGGGGACUGUUUCCAAUGCACCUGCCUGCAUCCUGUCGGGGUGGGCUGCUGCGACACGUCCCAGCACCCCAUCGACUUCCCUGCCGAGUGCGAGCUCCGCCGGGAGGCAGACACCUGCCAGUUCUCCCUGGUGCAGAAAGCGGACCCUCGGCUGCCCUGCAAAGGGGGAGGACCCGACCCAGAGUGGGGCUCUGCGAACACCCCUGCUGCCGGGGCUCCUGCUCCCCACUCCAGCUAGACCCUU